AUGGCAUCGACAUUAGAGAAGAGUCAUGGCUUUUGGUGGCACAGCAAUAUGAAGCAACAAUAUUGCACACUCCGGACAUAUCGCCAGUUGAUGUCAGUGGUGUUGCUACACAAGGGUGUGGAAGGAGUCGUUGUCACACCGGAAGUGGACGACUCGAACGAUGCCUUGAUUUUCCCUGAUAACGGUGACGAUCUUAUAACUACGAUUUGCAAUUUCUUGAUACUCCUUGCCGCACAUAUCAAGAAGGACAACAAGAAAUCCAGGCGGAACUCUAUUUUAGGCGUACGACAGAGACGAUCCAAUAUAUCCACAAAACUGGAGGCGCCAGAAGAGCAAGCCCUCGCUGGUAUUGAUGAGUACAUCUCCAUGAUGAAUCUGGUGAUGGAUUUUGCCCCAGAGUCCAGCACCGACAAACACUGCCCAUUAUGUGCCGAGAGUCCAUUUCGCACUGAGAAAGAAAAGGACAAAGUUUAUCGCGAUAUAACAGGCCUGAACAGUCAUUUACGAGGACCAACACACACCCUAUUCGGGGAGCUGAAAGCGCAACACGAAUCGCUUGCGAACGAAUUUGACGUCACAGAAACACACCCAUAUCGUUGCCAGUAUGGAUGCGGACGAAAAUUUGACAAGUUCACUCGAUUGGUUGGGCAUUUUCGUCGAGAGGACCCCUUGAAACAUGGUGAAAUCCAUGAUAUGUUAAGGAGACAAGACGGAUGGCACGACGAUGCUACUUAUCCGGUUUACAUGACGAAUGGUUCUCGGCAGAGGAAGAGAGUGCGGGACAAAACUGGAGAACUUUUAAAGCCGCCGAAGAAAUUCAUGCAAGAGCUGCUUGCAAGACCACCCAAUCCAUUUAUCCAAAGCAACCAACAUUUACUUGUUGAGCAUGGAACUGAUUUGUUGGCCGGGCGAAGACAUUUACUUGUUGAGAAUGGAACUGAUCUGUUGGCCGGGCGAAGACAUCUUCUCGUUGGGAAUGAAACAAAUUUGUUGGAAGGUCGUAAACAAUCUUAG